GUUACGGGGCUGCUCUCAGCCGGUACGGACCAUAAGGAUGCCUGGGUACGGGACAACGUCUACAGCAUCCUGGCCGUGUGGGGCCUGGGGAUGGCUUAUCGGAAGAACGCAGACCGGGACGAGGAUAAGGCCAAAGCCUAUGAGCUCGAGCAGAACGUUGUGAAGCUGAUGCGGGGACUCUUACAGUGUAUGAUGAGACAGGUUGAUAAGGUAGAGAAGUUCAAACGCACGCAGAGUACCAAAGACUGCCUACAUGCCAAGUAUAACUCUGCAACUUGUGCCACUGUGGUUGGGGAUGACCAGUGGGGGCAUCUACAAGUAGAUGCAACUUCCCUUUACCUGCUCUUCUUGGCACAGAUGACUGCAUCAGGGUUACGUAUUAUCUUCACCCUCGAUGAAGUCACCUUUAUUCAGAAUCUUGUUUUUUACAUAGAAGCUGCCUACAAAGUUGCUGACUAUGGAAUUUGGGAACGUGGUGAUAAGACAAACCAGGGCAUCCCUGAACUGAACGCCAGCUCCGUAGGGAUGGCCAAAGCUGCUUUGGAAGCAAUUGACGAACUAGAUCUUUUUGGAGCUCAUGGAGGACACAAGUCAGUGAUUCAUGUUCUUCCUGAUGAAGUAGAACAUUGUCAGUCUAUUCUGUACUCCAUGUUGCCAAGGGCAUCCACAUCUAAGGAGAUAGAUGCUGGCCUUCUCUCUAUUAUUUCUUACCCAGCUUUUGCAGUGGAAGAUCUAAACCUUGUUAAUGUAACCAAGAGUGAAAUCAUAUCCAAAUUGCAGGGUCGCUAUGGCUGCUGUCGCUUUCUCCGAGAUGGUUACAAGACACCCAGAGAGGAUCCAAGCAGGCUGCACUAUGAUCCUGCUGAGCUCAAACUUUUUGAGAAUAUUGAAUGUGAGUGGCCAGUAUUCUGGACAUAUUUCCUAAUCGAUGGAGUAUUUAAUGAGGACAAAAUUCAGGUGCAAGAGUAUAGAGAGGCUCUGGAAGGAAUACUGAUUAGAGAGAAGAACGGAAUAGUGCUAAUGCCCGAACUGUAUGCAGUCCCUUCAGAAAAGGUGGAUGAGGAGUAUGAAAAUCCUCACUCAGUGGAUCGUGUCCCAGUUGGAAAAUUGCCUCAUCUAUGGGGCCAGUCGUUGUAUGUCCUUAGCUGCCUGUUAGCAGAGGGAUUUCUUGCUGCGGGUGAAAUCGAUCCGUUAAACAGGAGAUUUUCCACUGGUUUUAAGCCUGAUGUUGUGGUACAAGUAACUGUUUUGGCAGAAUCUAAUCAAAUUAAGAAUCUCUUGCAAGACCGUGGAAUCAAUGUUCAGAGCAUUUCUGACAUCCACCCACUCAGAGUGCAGCCAGCUCGCAUCCUGAGUAACCUCUACACCAUGCUGGGCCGGAACAAGAACAUGAAAUUAAGUGGACGGCCACACCGACAUAUUGGAGUGUUAGGCACCUCUAAGCUGUACGUGAUAAGAAAUCAAAUAUUUACUUUUACUCCUCAGUUUACUGACCAGCAUCACUUCUAUCUGGCUUUAGACAAUCAGAUGAUUGUGGAGAUGCUCAAGACAGAGCUGGCUUACCUCACUUCUUGUUGGAGGAUGACAGGGAGGCCAACCCUGACAUUUCCCAUCACCCACACAAUGCUUG